CUGGGGGGUUGCUAUUACUAUUACUAUGCACAUUGCUCUCUUUCCCCACGGGGAACCAAUCAAUCGAGCCUCUUUCCUGCACAUGUUGCAGUUGCGGACUCUAAGAGACGCACUUAAAGCCCUCUAAAGACCUCGCGGACUUCAACGUCUUGGGCAAAGCAUCGUGGUAAAUGACCGACAUGUCUGGCGGGAGUGAACGAAGACGACAAGGUACGAUUCCGUCCCAAUACCUUUUCCCUGCAUUGUUUGCUUGCUCCGUCGUCUCCGUCGUCUCCGUCGUCUCCCUCAUCCCUCCCGGUUUCCGAUGGGCAUCUGCAGACAAAGGGAACGAGGGUCGUCGCAGGUUCGCGCCGACAGCGGAAACGCGGUGUAAACGGCAUCAACACCUCUCCCCAUCCGUCUCAUUGCGUCCACAAAGACCUGCUUCGAAAGUCGAGAGAGAAGAGGAAUGACGAGCAACUGACCUGGUUACGUCUGGCCAUUCCGCACUCCAAUUUCAUUACAAUAAAUUAGCUAUCGCCAUCACUUGCUACCGUUCUUCUUUCCUACCUGGGCAUCACCAUAAUGCAAACUCGGUGCAAAAAGGGGAAGAGGAACAAAGAAGAAAAAAGUAGCGAAGAAAUGAAAAAACAGGAGAAAAAAAGAAAAACAAUGAUAUCUUCCUCCACUCACAACUCAACCCCCCGCCCCCCCCCAACGUAUCAUAUCUGCAUUUACCUCUUGUCUCCCACCAGGCCGCAUGUCGUCUACAGUGUCUAAUAAUUCCUGCC